AGACGGCGGAGUCUGGCGCAGGCCCAGGCCCGGCGCGGAGGCAAGCUGCUCAGCCCUGCCUGCGUUGCCAUGGUGACGGGCGGCAGGCAGAGCAGCAGCAGCAGCGGCGUCGGGGCUGUCAGUGAGAGCCAGCCGAGCUAGCGAGCGGCGGAAAUCAGGCGCAGGCGUCCGUGGGGGCUGCAGGAGGGGAAGGCAGCGCCGCCGCGGCCGCCAUGGACGCGCACUGCGAUGGUGGCGAACCCACCGCGCUGGGAGAGCAGCCGCCGCUGCCCUCGGGCAAGCUGAACAAAACCGCCUUCAAAUUGUUUAAGCGAAGGAAAUCCGGGGGCGCCAUGCCGAGCAUCUUCGGUGUGAGGAGCGGCGGCAAAAGCAAAAGCGGCGAAGGCGGCGGCGGCGGCGGCGGGCAGGGAACGGGCAUGGUGAGGAGCAAGACCCACGACGGCCUGGCCGAGGUGCUGGAGCUGGAGAGCGGCCGGAACGAGGGCCCAGGGACUGUCGACAGCGGCCGUGUGGCGGGUAGCGGGGCCGCCUCGGUGGCCGCCAAGGAAGCCGCCUCUUCCUGCUCAUCCUCGGCCGCGGCGGCGGCGGCAGCGGCGGCGGUGGGCAAGUCGCACAGCUUCUUCUCGCUGUUGCGCAAAAACGGCCGCUCCGACGAAGGCGGCAAAGGCGAGAGAGCCAAAGGGCGCGGGGGCCUCAAAGGGCUCUUCAGCAGCAUGCGGUGGCCCCGCCGGGAGAAGCCGGGCGGCGGGGUGAAGGAUGAGGAGGCCGGCGAAGGCUCCGAGGGCCAGGCCAGUCCCAGCAUCCUCAAUACGGGCUCCCUCACGGCCAGCCUGGAGUGCAUCAAAGAGGAGGCAGCGCCGUCAGGAGCGCCCGCUGACACCGUCCGGACCCCCCUGGGCACUAAGGAUGGAGAACAGCCCACCAGUCCCCUUGCCACUGAGGUCAUGCCCACCCCGGACCUGGCACCGCAGCUGGCCCCAUGUGGCUCCAGAGGAGAGGAGCUUCCCAGGAUUCUGCCCCAGGAGAAAGAGAUCCAUCCUGAAUCCACCAGUAGUGAUGGCCAAGAGAUCAAGGAGGACUCAGCUAAAACAGGCUGUGGGGACAUUAUUGCUGACCAGGAAGAUGACGUGGGCAGCGGCGGUGGCAGUGGUGGAGGUGGAAGUGAGAGGAGUGCCCCUGGGAUUGGCAAAGCUGGGCCCUCCAAGAAGCCUACCGGAGUGGUGACUUACCAGGGAGGAGGAGAGGAGAUGGCCAGCCCUGAACAGGUGGGAGGUACUCAGGAGUUCUGGGAUUUAUUGUCGCACACUGAAGAGAAAUCACAGGGGACAUCAGGAAGGAAGGAAUCCCCUGAGACCUCCAAAGGUGAUAAGAUUGUCAGGAGAGUUCAGGACGGGUCAGCAAAUGGAAAGCACAUUGGUCUUAGCCAGAUUCCAGUUCACCACCAGAAAGAAGACCAAAAAAAUAGAGAAAAGGAGCAGCAAGAAGCCAUCCCCAGCAGUGAUGAGGGCUAUUGGGAUUCUACUACACCUGGACCUGAAGAAGAAAAUACUAAUAGUAUUCAGAAAGAGGUAAUUCCCAGGGACAGCUACAGUGGGGAUGCUCUCUAUGAUCUGUAUACUGAUCCAGAUGAAAACACAGCAACUGUGACUUCUGCAGAAAAUAUCACCACAGUGACUUGUUGCAAGCCAUUAUCUCCGAUAACAACUACUUGUCCAGUCAAAACCCAUACAACUUCACUCAAGGAUUCCAAGAUACCCAUCAGUAUCAAGCAUUUUACAUCGCCACAUGGUAGCCAUGGCCAGGAUUCCAGUAAUAGCCAUCACAUUGUACACUACCAGGCUACCAAAAGUGAGAUCCCUAGAACAAAAAUUCCUGUUUCAAAAGUGCUUGUACACCGAGCCAGUUACCGAAGCUUAGCAGGGACAACAGGUAAAACAGCCACAUAUCAUGAAAGUGCCAAAAAAUAAAAGGAAAUAAUAAUGGGCAUCCCAGUCUUUUCAGGAACCCUCUAAUAAGCAGUUUGGCCUUGACCUCAUCUAAAGGAAGACACUUCCAUGUGCCCCUUUUAUGAAUGAUGAAUGCAAGGGACAAAUGCUUCUCAAUUCCAUCUUGAAAUACAGUAUGUGUGUAUGUGAUGCUUCUCAAUUCCAUCUUGAAAUACAAUGUGUA